CUUGUUAUUUUACUUAAUUUCAGAUCAUUUAUAGAAAUAGCUCAAGAUUAGAGUUGAAUUUUCUGCUUUCUGAGGUUUGCAUUGGGAUAGUGGAUCUUUUGAAUACAUACAUGAUGCCAGUGGCUGCAUCUUUGGUAGGGUCAGAGAUCUUCUAUGUUACUAAAAAUAAUAGCAAGCUCAGAGAUGAAAUUAGCAUGGUGAUGUGAAAAUCCACACGGUUUUUAUAUUUUUGUUCAUCUACACUUUGCAAAUCAGUUUAGCUAGCUAUUGGUCUUCAUAAUUUUGAUUUCUCAGUAUUUUCUGCCUUAUCAAACUUCUAAAAGCCUCCUCUACUCCUCUACUUCGAUUGAUCUCUAUAAACUACCUUGCCGCCAUAAGCCCAAAAAUAAUUUAUUGCAUAUACAAAAACCUCUGAAAUCCCCUUUUAACUCCUCUUCCUCCCUCUACUCCUAACCCUGCUCAAACCCCCUUCGUUCUACCUCUAAAACCCCUCCACAGCUUAUUCUUGGCCAAGCGGCAGCUUAACUUAGUCGGGCAUUUCAAGUUUCACACUAAAGCUGGAAAUCAGCUCAACUUGUGACUGUGGUUAGUCAUCGCAUUAGAUUGGUUGAUCUUAUCCAU